AGACCAAGGCAAGCUUACACUCCACACGGCCCCUCCCCUUCCUGGCUCAGGUUUCUGCCAAGGUAGAAAGGUCACCUGUCUGGUUCAUUUCCUGUCUUGUUCCCCUACACAGAGGCAAUAGGUUUAAAAAGGUCAAGGGUGAAGGGCUGGGCCUUUGGAAUCUGACAGUCCUGCCUUUGAACCUGGGUUCCACUGUUUACCAGCUGUGUAAAGGUGGGCCUGUGACAUAGCUCCUGAGUCUCGGUUUCCUCAUCUGUGCAGAACAGCUGUGGUGGUGGAUAUAGCGUGUCCAGGACUGUGCCAGACACACAGUAGGCACCUCACAGAUGUGAACUCUUUGCCUCCCUUGCUUAGGUCUGAAAAGAAAGGUGUUACCAUCUCAUUAGCCGUAAACCCUAUUCUCCAGAGCAGUGGUCGCCAACCUUUAGGACCUCAUGGACCACCAGUGGUCUGCAGGCCACCGGUUGGUGACUGCUGCUCCAUAGCAUACAGGGAUAAAGCAGACCAGGAGCAGGCUGGCCUAGAUUCCACUGGGGAAGUAAGGACAACUGUAUCCCCUCUAGGGACAGAACAGAAUGGGGGUGAAAGGACAGGGCACUCUGUGGCACCCAGAGUAGCCGGUACCCUUGGCAGCCACCUUCCCUUUGGCCUGGCCUCCACCAGCUCCUGCUUACUCAGCUGGCCAUCUUCUGCCUGCUCACUGUCAGCAUGACUCAGAGAAGGGACCUGCCCACUUCCUGGGAGGGUGGCAAUGUAUGCCUUGCAGAGGCCUCCGGGAAUACAUUUGGAUACUACUUCUCACCCAGAGGAAACGCUUGGACAUGACUUAUCGAGGAGCCUCCCAUGCCAGCCUUCGCUUGCCACUUGACUGCCAUUAAACAAGUUUAAGGAGCAGCAGCCAAAUACCUUCCUUGGCUUUAAAGAGUUCUCUAGAAAGUGUUCGGAAAAAUGGAAGUCCAUCUCAAAGCACGAGAAGUCCAAAUAUGAAGCCCUGGCCAAGCUCGACAAAGCCCGAUACCAGGAAGAGAUGAUGAAUUACGUUGGCAAGAAGAAAAAGCGGAGAAAGCGGGACCCACUCGCGCCCAGGCGGCCUCCAUCAUCCUUCCUACUCUUCUGCCAAGACCACUAUGCCCAGCUGAAGAGGGAGAACCCCACCUGGUCCGUCAUACAGGUGGCUAAGGCCUCAGGGAAGCUGUGGUCUGCAAAAUCGGACAUGGAGAAGCAGCUGUACGAAGAGAGAGCGGCUAUCCUGAGAGCGAAGUACUACGAGGAGCUGAAAGUCUACCGCGAGCAACGCAUGGCCAGGAAGAACCUCAGACGGUCGGCGAGGAACCCGUGCAGAGGGUGCAGGCAGGCUGAGGCCGCUGCAGCUGGUGGCUCCCGUUAGAAAUA